AAUCUGUGAUCCAGACAUAACCAAUGAGGCGGAGCCAGAUCAGCAUGCAUAAUCUUAGUAGCGCCACUCCAAUUCGCUCCCCUCCUCACAAAAAUCCCUGCCAUCAUCUCUCUAAUUAUAAACCUCAUCUUUGAUUAAUCCAUCCCUCACCUUCACCUCACUUCCAAUCCAAUCCAAUCCAAAUCAAAUCCAAUCUGCAAUGGCCUCCGCCUUGUUCUCCGCCCCAAGCUUCCAAGGCCUCCGGCCUCUGAACAAGGCCACCGACUCCUCCGUGGUCCUCUCGAAGCCGGCGUCCGCCGCCUUCCGCCGCGGCAGCAGCAAGCGCGGCCUGGGCGUGAAGGCGGAGCUGAACCCGUCGCUGGUGAUAAGCCUGAGCACGGGGCUGUCCCUCUUCCUAGGCAGGUUCGUGUUCUUCAACUUCCAGAGAGAGAACGUGGCGAAGCAAGUGCCGGAGCAGAACGGGAUCUCGCACUUCGAAGCCGGCGAUGUCCGCGCCAAGGAGUACGUCAGCCUCCUCAAAUCCAACGAUCCCGUCGGAUUCAACAUCGUCGACGUCCUCGCCUGGGGCUCCAUCGGCCACAUCGUCGCCUACUACAUUCUCGCCACCUCUAGCAAUGGCUACGAUCCUAGCUUCUUCGGUUAAAUUCAAACAUUGUACCUCUUGUCUAUACAUUCUAAUUUACUUUUCAA